CUACCAGAUACAGCCCGAUCUCAUUCACAAUGAACAACCCGAUUCCAUCAAACCUAAAAUCUGAAGCCAAGAAGGCUGCCAAAAUUCUCAGAGCAUUUACUGAGAUUUCAAACAGAGAAGGUCCUGACAAGCUCAUUCCAGCCCAUGUGAUUGCCAAAGCCAAAGGACUGGCCAUCUUAUCAGUAGUCAAGGCAGGCUUCUUGAUCACUGCUCGUGGAGGCAGUGGGAUAGUGAUUGCUCGUCUUCCUGAUGGAAGAUGGUCAGCUCCUUCAGCUAUUGGACUUGCUGGUUUUGGUGGGGGUUUUCAGAUUGGUUUGGAGGCAUCUGACUUAAUUAUCAUCAUGAAUCAACGAAGAGCUGUUGAAGCUUUCAGCAAAGGAGGGAAUCUCACAUUUGGAGGGAACUGUACUGUGGCUGUUGGGCCUACUGGCAGGAAUUUGGAGGCAGAUGUGGCAUUCCGUAGCCCGGCAGCUGUCUACACUUAUUGCAUAUCACGUGGCCUUUAUGUUGGACUUUCACUCAUCGGGUCCUACCUUGUCGAGCGCAAAGAUGCCAACCGAAAGUUCUAUUCCCAAGACAUUCGUGCAUCUGCUAUUCUAAACGGUGACGUGGAACCACCACCUGAAGUUGACGACCUGUAUACUGUUCUGGAUGACUAUGGCGAGAAAUACAUCAGUGACUGGCAGGAUAAGUACAUGACGCCAAGCAGAAGGUUGACUUCAGCCCCAGCUAGACCAAAACCCCCCGCCCUGAGAGGAGCGUCACCCUCAACCUCAAGGAAAGGGGCUUCAUUUACAGAAUCAAAGCCACCUCUUUAUCCCAGUCUUUACAGCUGGGACACUGAAAGUUCAGCUCAAGCAUCGGGUGGAGCUCUGGUGGUCACGGCCAUGCACGCAUUCACUGGUCAGCAACCUGGCGACCUGAGCUUCAAUGUUGGCGAUCGCAUCACCGUCCUCACCCAGACCGACUCACAGUACGACUGGUGGGAGGGAGAGCUCAGGGGACAAGUCGGAAUUUUUCCUGCCAACUUUGUGUCCCUUAACUAAGUCUGCACAAAGGUUUACUUUAAGCUGGUAUUGUUGCACAUAGGUCAUAUUUAAUAAAUUAUCCUUUUUAAGUGUUUGGAUGUGGGACACUGAACUGUUACAUUUGCUUACAAGUUCUCAAGGUCAGUAAGGUUGGGGUUGGUUUAAGGGUUAAUUAUAGUAUGAGCACCUUUUCUGUGUUUAGUUAUGUUGCACAUAAAAGUUAUGGAUUUUAUAUAUGAAGGUUUGUUGUUGCUUUUCUGUUAAAGUUCAGAAUUUGUGUGAAUCAAAUAUUUAUCAAAACACUCACAAUUUGUAUAGAAGUGCAAAAGCUGCAGUGUAUUUAGUGGAGGGAUUGCUUAAUACACCCUUAUAUUUAUGAAAGUAGACUUUAAUAGGUGUAUAUGACACAAAGUAAUUAAAGAAAAUUAACUAACAUUAAAGCAGGAGGUUGUAACAUUUGGGUAUUGAAAAAUGCAGGUGUCAGCAGAUCACUGUGUAUUAUCAGCAUGAAUCUGUUGGUUUGGUGAUUGAAUAGGUAUUUAUGUAAAUGGGCACAUAAAUACCCAUUCGAAUAGAGCUAUCACAAUUUUAAUUAGUUAUUAAACAAAUUACAGACAUAUAUAAGAAGAAAAUUGCUAAUCCAACAUAACAGCUGUAAUAACACCAUAGUUUUGACUUUGAAUUAACUGAACUUCCUUAACAGAAGUUAUUUACUGCAGCUUUAACUAAGAUACCAGUUUUAUUAUAACAUAUUAUUACUUUAAAUGCAUUCUUGUGUUGUUCUCUCAUCAGUAUCUGGUAUUGAACGUAGCACACUAAAAAAGCAUGAGUUAUUAAUUCAGUCUGAAUAUAUUUUCUUCAUGUAUAAUGUAUGGAUUAUAUAGAAUUGUUUCCUCCAUAACAGAUAUGCCACAUUCCUCCUGUUUGCUGCACCUUGUAAUGCUUGUUAUUGUGCAAUAAAUCCAAUGCAAAUUAAUAUAUUAUCUAAUAA